CACCCCCAUCCGUUUUUCGCGCCACUACCGGUACCAUUGAUAUACGACCUGCGCUAUCCGCCCGCCUCUCUCCAUUUUCCAUCAUCAUCUCCAUUUGCGGGCUGCGGGUACGAGUUCCUCCGCGUCCCACUUACGCCUAAAAGGCCUAGGCAGAUACGGCUUGUCAGCCCAGAUUUUCCUUGGGCGUUUGACAUCCGCCCAAGUGUCGGAGAAGAGGUUGUGACGUGUCUUGACGUUCUCUCUACUCUGUACGCUGAAUUGCAGUGCCCACUUACAGACAUGGAGUGGGGCACUGCUGGAGACGAAAAACGUGCGAGUCUUAUCAGAGCAUGCGAUCGUCGUCUAUGGAUACAACUUGCGUUGCACGGGAGCUCAAAUUCUGCGGCACGCACUAGACCCACAGUGAGCUUUGAGAGGCCUGUGCAGCGAGAGCCGCUGCUACUCCGUGUCGACUGGCUUGGAUCCAGCGUUGCAUUCAUGGGGCUGGUCAAGGAUGAAGUUUUUUCGAGGAGAUUCGUUCCGGGCGUUGGGGAUCACCCUGAGACGUGGGUGGUGAAGUUCCAAAAAUUAUGAUUCCGAAGGUCUGGAAAAAAAGUACAUACAUCUUACCAUUGCCAGUUCUCUUUAUUUUAUGAAUAUGUGGCACUACUUACAUUGAAAUCAGGUGUUGAAAUCGUAUGCUGAUGUACCGAUAUUCGAAGUCAAAGACUUGAUGUAGCGGCACAGUAAGAAAAUAAGAGUCAUUCACGCAAUCAUCACCAGGUACCAGUCCGGUUGGAUUGGAAAAGAACUGAGGGAACUUUAAAGAUAGAGUGGGUUAAAUACUCGAUAAGUAGAGUGCCCGUGAUUGAGAAAAUUGAAUGUGAUAAAAGGAAUUCAAAUACAUCUAGGGUUUU